GAAUUCUCCAAAAAAGUCACUUCACGCUUUCCGCAAAGCCAUCAUCUUCGUCUCUCUCUCUCUCUCUCUCUCUCUCUCUCUCUCUCUCUCUCUCUCUCUCUCUCUCUCUCUCUCUCUCUCUCAUCUCGUAGCCGCCGUUGCAAAACAACAGUGAGAUUCCUGCCGGAAAAUGAGUUCGUCGUCGUCGUUCUUCGUCUCUUGAAAACUCUUCACAGUACUAUUUCAUUGAUUUUACUUUCUUAAAUUGCGUUGUGGAAGAAGAAUAAGGAGUUCAAUUCGAGUUACUAAGUAUGGACGCUAAACAAUUCGAAGUUUACAAAAGUUCUUUUCUUUGAAGCUGCAGCUUUCUGUUCAUCAAACAUUUACCAAUUUAUCUCGUGGAUCUGGCUUUGAGUUUUGGAUACUCUCUCGGUUAUUUAGUGGACGCACCCAAGUCGCUGUGAAUAGGAUUGAGGCUUCUUCUCUGCUUUUCUUGUCCUUUGAUCAGCAUUUACUGCAUUAUUUGCUUUUCUGUUGGUGUUAAAGUGAUGGACAUGUUCUCAGCCUUGCUUUCUCCUUAAUUUCCUGCACUAAAUCUAUUUUUAUGCCCUUUGCAUCAAUUUGCUUUCUGUUAGUUGGAGAGAUCAUCAAAAGAAUGGACAUGUUGCUUUUGACUUCAACUGAACCCCCAAUGAAACGCAGAGCUGGUUUAUUUAUAGUUCAGGCUGGGCGAGGAUCAUAUCGAGGAAGUUAGUCAGUUAGUUGGUCGUACAUUGGGUUGCUAUUUUCUGAAUUUUGGAGCUUUUGAUUUACUUAGAAUAAAGAAGAAUGAGUGCUGCUUCCUUAAGGCAUUUCCUGGAAAGUCUCUGCUUCAAAUCUCCAUGGAAUUAUGCAGUGUUCUGGAAGCUUCAGCACCAGUGUCCUACGGUUUUGACAUGGGAAGAUGGAUAUCUGGACAUUCAGUGUGCUAAAGAACCUUACAGAAGUCUAAUUGGCAAUUAUUGUAGCAAAAACUUGAAUGAGUUAUCCCCAAACUGUGGCUCAAGAUCACAUAAUGGAUAUUUGGGUGCACAUCCAAUUGGCUUAGCCAUGGCUGAGAUGUCAAGUACUUAUCACAUAGCAGGAAAAGGGGUAGUCGGUGAAGUGGCAUCUUUGGGCAUCCCACGCUGGAUUUCUUCCGACAGUCUAGCACCCGCAGAGAUCAGCUUUGGUUCUAUCGCUGAGUGUCCAGAUGAGUGGAUGCUUCAGUUUGUCACUGGCAUUAAGACUAUAUUGUUGGUACCUUGUCUUCCUUGUGGGGUUCUGCAACUAGGAUCAAUGGAAGCGGUACCUGAAAACAUGGAGAUGGUUACCAAUUUAGCUGAAGAAUUUGAUGCCUAUUUCAAAAUUGUGGAGAACCUUUUACCUGGUGGAGAAAGCUGUGAAUUUCUUCUACAGUCCACCCUGUCAGAGACUUUGAAUAUACCAUCUGCAACUACCAUAAAUAAGGUGAAUGAAGAUGAUGUAGCUGCUGAUAUACCAAUUCUGAAAGAUCACAAAUUAUCAGCUGCAUUUCCAAUGACUUCAUUCAUUGAGAUUCAACAUCCGUUUCAGUUAUCUGGACAACACACGCAAAAUAUACCCAAGAAUGAAAAUGAAAGCAAAAUUGGUAAAUUUGUUGAACACGUGCCAAAUGUUCUCAAAAAUGCAAAUGAAAGGGAAAUUACAAUGCAACAUGCGGACAUGAUUAAUCUAGUGAAGCAACUCGCUCAUGAAUAUUCUGAUGAUAAUAGAUCAGGGAUAACCGAAAGCAGCUUCGGUAGAUCUUCUUGCCAAACAAUAGAUAUAGAUGCCUUUUCUUACUCUAGCUGCAAUGUCGGCGGAGUCGGUGUUUCCAAUGAGGUAGAUUUUUACUUUGAUGGAGACAUGCUAGGUCCAGGAUCUUUUGGAAUGGAUUGCAGCAAUACUAUUCUCGAAAAUGUAAGUAAUUCUUUUAGCUGCCCAACAGAAUGUGAACUAUACGGAGCCUUUGGAAGUACAAUUCACAACUUGUCUGGCUUUAGCACAAAUACUACUAGCAAAUCCAUCUAUACUGCAGAUUGUAUGUUUGAUAUUGAGCCAUCAUUUGGGCAAUCAAAUGGAUGGCAUCUGAAAGAAGAUAAUGAAGAGAAUCUUCUGGAAGCGAUUGUUGCCAGUGCUUGCUGUUUUUCUGAUGAUUACUCGGUCCACAAAAUGGCUGGUCUGGAGUCCUUAAACAUGUCAUCAGGAAAACCUGUCCCUUCUCGCAAAAGGCAAAAUCAAUCUGCAGAAAAUGAUUCAGUUGGAGAUGUAGUUACACGAAGCACUCUUGCAUCGGCUUCUGGUGGGGUAGACAAAUAUGCUUCGACUAACUGUACGCGUUCCGCUUCUUCAUUUGAUUGUGUUGUCAGUGCAUUUAAUGAGGGGCAGCAUCAGACAAAAGUGUUUAGCUCUUUGAGUUGUCACAAUGAGUCAAAAAUAUCUAAUACUAACAAGAAAAGGAGGCGGUCUGGUGAUAGUCAUAAGCCCAGACCACGAGAUAGACAGUUAAUUCAGGACCGGCUUAAGGAAUUGAGGCAACUUGUCCCUAGUGGUGCCAAAUGUAGCAUUGAUGGUUUACUAGAUAAAACCAUAAAGCACAUGCUGUUUCUGCGAAGUGUUACUGAUCAGGCUGAUAAACUAAGGUUCCAGGCUCAGACAGAGGUAGCCCCUGACAAUACCCUUCAGUCACCUGAAGUAAAAUCUAGUAAUCGACAAGGCACCUGUUGGGCUCUCGAAUUGGGAAGUGCGGACCAGAUAUGCCCAAUAAUUGUCAAAGAUUUGGAAUACCCUGGACACAUGCUUAUAGAGAUGAUGUGUGACAACCAUGGACGUUUCUUAGAAAUUUCUGAUGCUAUUCACCGUUUGGAGCUGACGAUUUUGAAGGGUGUGAUGGAAAAGCGUUCAGAGAGCAGCUGGGCUCACUUCAUUGUUGAGGCUUCAGGAAGCUUCCAUAGACUGGAUAUCUUCUGGCCACUGAUGCAGCUCCUACAGCAGGUUCCAAGUUCUGUUUCACGCAACAUCUAGUUGGUUUAUUGAAUUAUAUGCGGAGAUUUGACGAUUGGGAGCUUUGUAAUGAACCUGGAUUUAUUUUCUAUAAUUUGUAUCUACUAAAUAGCAUCUAUAGUAGUUUGAACACCUUGAACGUGUGAUAUUAGUAUGUAACCAUGUGAAUGUAUGAAAGCCUGAAAUCCACCGAGUUUGACAUCCUA